CUUGGAAAAUCAAGGAAUGACGACUGCUUAGCCAGCCGCUUUGCCGCAGCGAUCCAAUCCCCCUUUUUCACAUGGUCCUAAGGAAAGAAAGAUUCAUCUUGGCUAUCCCAAUUCUUUUUCCAUCGUUAGCAGAUUCCACCUGUUUCUGUGGACUGUGUGUAGACAACACCUGGCUGUAACCUAAGACUUUCUUCCUGUAACAGACCUUCACCUAGAAGAAAAGAUGUUUGGUUUUCACAAGCCAAAGAUGUACCGCAGUAUAGAGGGCUGCUGUAUUUGCAGAGCUAAGUCAUCAAGUUCUCGAUUCACUGACAGUAAACGCUAUGAGAAGGAUUUCCAAAGCUGCUUUGGGUUGCAUGAAACCCGUUCAGGAGACAUCUGCAAUGCCUGUGUUUUGCUUGUCAAAAGAUGGAAGAAAUUACCAGCCGGAUCAAAAAAAAACUGGAAUCAUGUGGUAGAUGCCAGAGCAGGUCCCAGCCUAAAGACUACCUUGAAACCAAAGAAAGUGAAAACUCUAUCUGGAAACAGGAUAAAGAGCAACCAGAUCAGUAAACUGCAGAAGGAGUUUAAACGUCACAAUUCUGAUGCCCACAGUACCACCUCAAGUGCCUCGCCAGCUCAGUCUCCUUGUUAUAGUAACCAAUCAGAUGACGGUUCAGAUACAGAGAUGGCUUCUGGCUCUAACAGGACACCAGUUUUUUCCUUUUUAGAUCUUACAUAUUGGAAAAGACAGAAAAUAUGUUGUGGGAUCAUCUAUAAAGGCCGCUUUGGGGAAGUCCUCAUCGAUACCCAUCUGUUCAAGCCCUGUUGCAGCAAUAAGAAAGCCAGCACUGACAAGCCGGAGGAGCCGGGCCCAGAGCCUCUGCCCAUCUCUACUCAGGAAUGGUGACCGAGGCCCACGCAGAAGCCAUCGGAAGUUUGCAGAGACCACAAGCAACCAACUGACCCUCUUCUUUUGAACUUGGAUCCCUGCUAUUCUGCCAAAAGACAUUUUCUAGAAUAGUUUUUUUGAAUGGUUUUUCUUUUCCCUCCUUAGUCCCACAAACUCUAAAGCCAGUGUCUACUUACUACAA